AUGGGUUUCAAUUCAAAUAUAAGCAGGAAUGAAGCCGCAAAUUACCUUAUGAAUGCUAUUCCAAUCCUUAGAGAUGACAUGCACGAACUACGUCAAUGGACUGUCAGAAAGAAUGUAAAGCCAAUACCACUACCGAUUUCACCACCUGGCUUUGGCCCAUCCAUAGAAGCGUUCAAAAAGGAAGUUCCAACAGAAGUUCAAUUGAAUGCACAGCAGGAUAAACAGCUUCCUGUUCCAUGCGUUGAAAGUACCACUGAUAAAAAGCUGGAUUUAGAGGAAGAAAUGAAUUCUUUUUCUAAUUUACCAGAUCCCUUGUUUUUGUUUGAUAAUUCGGAUCAAAGCCAGUUAUUAGAGCUUGAUUUCAUCUAA